GCGUGAACUUUCCUUCGUUCCGCUGGUGGUUGGCAGCGCAGACGACAACUAGUUCACCGAGGUGCGGAAAUAAGAUGGCGGCCACCGUGGCGUUGCUGCUGACGUCUAUCUGCGCCUGUGCCGCGCAGGGCCCUUACUUUGACGGCGGCUUUGUGGGAGGCGGGGGUGGCUUCGGCGGUUUCGGCGGCUUCCAGCCGGAGAGCCCCAAGGACUUCGCGUCUACCCUGGGCGCCUUCCACACGGCGCUCACGCUCAGCCCGCAGGAGCGCUUCCAGCAGCUGAUAGGCGUUGGCAGCGGCGGCGGUGGUGGCCAGUGCGCUGCCCAGGGUCCCCAGGGAUGUGACCCACACCAGAAGUACCGCACCAUAGACGGCACCUGCAACAAUGUCUACCGGCCAGGACUGGGUGCUGCCCAGUCCACCUACAGCCGACUGCUGGGACCAAAGUACUCCGGAGCCAACCGGCAGCCGGCAGUGUCCGUGACGGGGCACUCGCUGCCCCCGGCGAGGACGGUCAGCUGGGUGCUGUUCCCGGACAACCCGAUCCACGACCCCAUCUGGACGCUGGUGGCCAUGCAGUGGGGGCAGAUCAUGACGCAUGACAUGAGCAUGGCCGCGGGCACCUCGCAGGCCAAGGCACACAGGACGCAGUGCUGCGCGUCCGACGGCAGCCACUGGUCGCUGACGAACGAGCCCACCUGCUACCCCAUCAUCAUCGACGAGAAGGACCCCGUCUUCGGGCCGGCAGGCAUCCGCUGCAUGAACUUCGUGAGGACCACGGCGGACGCCUGCUCUCACCACGCCAGCGAGCAGCUGAGUGCGGUGACGUCGUACCUUGAUGCCUCGCUGGUGUACGGGUCGGACGAUCAGACGGCGGCGAACCUGCGACUCUUCCAGAAGGGCCUCCUGAGGACGGACACCUCCAACCACGGUCGCCACUUCCCUCCCGCCGCCAACAACAAGAGCGCUGCCUGCGACACAGGCAGCGACGGCGAGUCCUGCUACGCAGCAGGUGACCAGCGUGUGAACCAGAACACGCAGCUGACGGUGCUACAGGUGAUCCUGCUGAGAGAGCACAACCGCAUCGCCUCAACGCUGGCCCACCUCAACCCUCACUGGGACGACGAGAAGAUCUACCAGGAGGCCCGCCGCAUUCUCAUCGCCGAGCACCAGCAUAUCUCCUACUGGGAGUGGCUGCCCAUCUUCCUCGGCUGGGAGACUGUGAAGACCCACAACGUGCUCUCCGACGGCGAGGGCUACGCACAAGACUAUGACCACACCGCCGACCCCCGAGUCAUCAACGAACACGCCACGGCCGCCUUCCGCUACUUCCACAGCAACAUCCAGGGCUACCUCCACCUGGUGACGGAGCAUAGGGACAGCUUCUCGGCCCUGAGGCUGAGUGACCACUUCAACCGGCCCGAGAUCAUCGAGCAGGGCGACAACUUUGACGACCUGGUGCGAGGACUCAGCUCCCAGCCGCAGGAGAACGUCGAUCAAUACUUCACCAAGGAGAUCACGUGGUACCUGUUCCGGAACGGCAAGCCUCUGGGGCAGGACUUGCGCGCCAUCGACAUCCAGCGCGGGCGGGACCACGGGCUGGCCUCCUACAACGAGGCGCGCCACCACUGCUCGCUGCGCAAGGCGCACUCCUGGGAGGACUUCCUCGACGUCAUCAGCGCAGAGAACGUGGAGAAGCUGUCCAAGCUGUACGAGCACCCGGACGAUGUGGACCUGACGGUGGGCGGCUCUCUGGAGGUGCACGUGCAGGGCGCGCUGGCCGGGCCCACGUUCGUCUGCAUCAUGGCCGAGCAGUUCCGGAGGACGCGCCAGGGCGACCGCUUCUUCUACGACUUCAAGGACGCCGGCUUCACACCAGGGCAACUGCAGGAAAUCAGGAAGGCGAACAUGGCCAGGCUGCUGUGUGACAACUCAGAUCACGUGAAGAGCAUGCAGCCACGAGCGUUCGAGAAGAUCAACCACGGAAACCCAAUCGUGCCGUGCGACUCGCUGCCAGCUGUGGACCUGAGUGCAUGGCAGGAGGCCGGUGGCGAUGGUGGCCACGGAGGAGAGUCUGCAUCGCUGUGGUACUUCAAGAAGUGAAGACCCGAGGGUCGCCAGUGGACGAGGACCUCCGCACACUCCAGGGUCAGGCUGCCUCGCUGGAGAAGGCUGCCUCGAGCCCCUCAGCACCAGCUGUGAAGAGGCCCCAGGUCCUGGAUGUUUGGUUCUCUGAAUGGCCAGUUGGUGUCCUCAAACUAUCGUUAUCAUCAAUGCUCUCACCAUCCUCACCCACAUCAUCACCCUCAUUCACAGUGUCUACCACAUAUCAUCACCUGUGGUCAUCUCAAGAAUAUUGGCAUUGAGAGUCAGUCGCCAAGCGGUCUACCAUGUAAAAUUCUGUAUUCCCUGAACUCUUCAACAUAUGCAUUUCAAAACAGCGAAAUAUCUGAAUUGAAGUUUAGCCCACUGACCACAAUAACUAGUAUCAAGAUGAGAAUGGUCAUUGCUUUGUAGUCACGAUUUGCUUUCUUGAGGUGAGCAGUCCAAGUUUCUCACUGGUCAGUUAGACCUAUGGUCAUCAUUUUUGUCUCAGCACUUAUGGCCAGGUGUCUGUUGCAGAUCAUAGUUGUGCAUCUGUAGGUCCUAAUGAGUGAAUUGUGACUGCACACUCAUUAUUUGAAGUCUGGGACCCGAUUUAAAUGCGUUACUGUGCCCCUUCAUGACAUAAUCAGCCAAUUCUGUAUGGCCACAUAGGCGACCAUGCACAAUAUCUUCCUUGCAGCUGAAGAUCAUGCAGAAACCUUGACCCUUAGAUUUUUUCAUUUUUGUAAGUUAAAUGACACAGAUUUUGACCACCCACUUGUGAUUUACUUAUUUAUUUGGUUCGGUUUGAACCUUUGGGAUCAAGAGUAAAUUGUUCAGUAUACCUUCUUCCUUCCCAAUACUUUUUAACCCUCUAUCUCCACCUUGGUAUCUCUGCUUUUGUGACCUUAAUUUUCACCCUUGCGUCAGUCCAACUUUCCUAUUACAUUCCACAUCUUCCUGUUCAUGACAUACACCUGCAAAUUUGCAGGCAACUAUGUCCUGAAAUUUUCUCAAUGUCGCGUAAACCUCUCAUAGUGCCUGUGAUAAUCCUGAUGCCAGGAAAUUCAAAGAGGACAUACCUUUCUGAUCUCAGAACACAGUCUCAUUGCUUCUUCAUGAAGACUAUAUGUGCCUGAACUUCUUCAGACAUGGUUAAUUUGACUAACGCCACUGUAUGGAUCCACAGUGACAUAAUCAACCACUGUUAUAUCACCAGCAGCAAAUGUGAGGCAAUAAAAUUCCUCUACGUAGCUUCGGUAUUGCUAUUUCACAUGCUGUGAGACAGUUCAUUUUUUUGCCACUUUGUCUCAGAGACACAAGCAAAAAUGCCAACAGCUUGAAGAACUCUGAUUACUGCAGAUAUCCUGACAAUAAACCCUUAAUUUUUAGUUCCUCUUCGUAUUUCCAAACAGCAUACUGUAUGUAUAUAAACAAUUUUUAUGUCUCUCUGUUGGCUUCACUGAAAAAAGACGCCAUAUUAUUGAUCCGUGAACCACUUUCACCUUCCUUUGCAAUUUUUCUUCCUCGUCUGCAAUGGGAUGUCCACAUGAUUUAAUAGUGGGUACACACCUUUUUAAAUGGGUAUAGUUUUCCAUUUCACAACCAUAACUGUCAGUUAAGUAACUUAUAUUUUUUUUAAUAAUUUCUCCUAGGAAUGAAGCUUAGUGUCCAAACCUUCCAUAGUUUGUGACAAAUUAAUGUUGAUUGACACAGAAAUUUUUUCUCAGCAUGGACCAAACAACUGAAUUGACUUUGAGUUCUUCUAAAAAAAUUAAUUAUUAAACAAUAAAUCACAUUUUAGCCUCUUUUUCACAAACUUGCAAAGUUGCAGAGGGCACAUGAUCAGUGUUACAGGCUCAUUCUGCAGUGUUACUGUAGAGAGCAUUGUAAAUACCAUUGUUAUAGCAGUAACGGGCUUGGAACGGAAAGCACGUCGUUACCUUACACAUUUGACUGUUAUCUGAAGUUUUAUUCUAGAUUGCAUAAGAUUCCUUUCUUUUUGGACAGCCGGAACUAUGUAGACCGUUUGUGCUUCUUUAGACUCCACCCAUGUUCUUUGUUGAACUCGUAUUGUUACCCAAGUCAUACUUUUAAAAAAAUGGUAGCGCUAUUUAUUUUUGAUAAAAUAGAUGAAACUUAUUCAGUACACAAAGGCUACAAAAAGACAACUCCAACUUUCCUCACAUACAGAAACCUCUUUCUCCGUUAUGUUUGUCCACUUUUGUUAUAUAUGUUCCCAGAUAUUUAUAUACUGCUUAACGUGUUUUUUCCUACAAAAAUAUAUGACUGUAAUUUUCUUGGAAAUAAACAUAUUGUUACAACA